AUGUCGCAGAAGAAAGGAAUUUUGUCGCAUGGUAGUAGCCAUCAAGCUCAUGUAAAAAUAAUUGCAGAAGAUAAAGUAGAAAAUCAAUUACCAACAUGUCCACCACCAUCACCUUCAUCGAUAACAGCGCCAAAAGUAAAUGUUGGCGCAAAGGAUGAAAUUGAAUUGCUGCGAGACGGUGCUAAAAAUAUUCAUGGUCAACAAAUAAAGAAGAAUUAA